UAUAGAUUGUUAUGUUGGCGGGUUUGCCUGUUUGCAAACAUUAUACGACACUAAAAAUUACACCUUAAAACCUCGUCUAAUGAUAGAGCGAUCAGAAAAAUUUCAAAUAUGAUCUGGAGAAUAUUCCUUCUUUAUUUAUAUGUCAUGGCUCUUAAUAUUUGUACAGGAGAUGAUUUUGAUGACGGACAUUGUAAAACAUAUAUAGAGAUUAAAAAUUUAACAGACUAUAGAAACCCUGAUUGGAUAAAUGACCUUUCAAAAAGACCACUCGGCUUUCAGUCUGCUAGCAUUCCAUUUCUGACAAUCAAUCCCAAUGCAAGAAAUCCUUGCUUUAAGAUAUCCCUGGAAAAUAGCACUCAAAAAACUGUCGAAUUAUUGGCUAAAAGUACAGUUGGCAAUACAGUGUUCUGUGUUAAAAGUCAGCCACCAUAUGCCCAGCCAACAUGUCAAUCGGGUAUAAAGACGUGUCAAGAUAGCCCUAUAGGUCAUGAUUCUCUCAAAUAUGUUUUCUAUUGUCCAAGCUGUGAUGCUGAACUUACUAUUUGGUUUCGUCUGACCAUCAGUCCUUCAUUUACUGAUGGUCUGGAUUUUGAACAUUGGUGUCAAAGGGAAGCGGAGUAUCCAGAUAGUCUGAUUACGUUGCCAAGUGAACCAACUACAAAACAACAAACUACUUCGAAAGCAAGUCAGAUGUUUUGGGAAUUUCGCUGGUAUUUGUCUGUAUGCUUUGCCUUUAACUUAAUUCUUGCGUUAAACUGAAUCAUGCCAUCAUGGGAGUUGUGGCGACGCUAAAAAUUAUAUCAGUUUUCACAUAUAAUGUCCCAGUACGCACCAAAAUAUUCAGUAUUCACGUGCUUGACUUUCGUUGAAAGUAUUAUAAUUUAUAUCAAUUUUCAUAUCCAUUUUCAUACCAAUAAGACAAUAGACAAUACAUAUUCAUUUUUUAACACGCACCAGUAUUAACAAAGGUUGGGGGUAAUGACUAAUGUAAUGAUAAGUAAUAUUUAUGGUUCUCAAUAUUAUGAACCAAAACUGUUCAAUUUAAAUUAGGAAUUAUUAUAAGCAAGGUUUAUUCAACUUGAUGUUGAUAUGUUAUCAAGCAGUUUCAUAAUAGAUCGUUUGAUUAUCUCGUAAACCAGUUAAAAUCUUCAUAAGAUAUAACGACAUAAGUUAAAAUAUUUGAGUUAGACUUAACGUCCAUCAUAAGGAUAUCUAGACUAUAGUAUGCUUUUCAGCUUUUGAACUAUAGACAUCCGGGUGGUGAUGGACGCUCAGUCUAAACACUAAAUGAC